CCUCGAGCCAAUAGCACUCCCGAAAAACCCACCAUGUCCAAGCUAUUCAUUGGUGGCCUCGCCUGGCACACCGACGAUGCGACGCUCCGCAACAAGUUCGAGGAAUUUGGCCAAGUCGAAGAGGCGAUCGUCGUCAAGGAUCGCGACACUGGUCGUAGCCGCGGCUUCGGUUUCGUUCGCUUCACCCAAGAGUCUGAUGCCGAUGCAGCCAUCCAGGCCAUGAACAACGUCGAGUUCGACGGCCGUACCAUCCGCGUCGACAAGGCUUCUGAUCGCUCCAGCGGCGGUGGUGGCUUUGGUCGCGGCGGCUAUGGAGGUGGCCGUGGUGGCGGCGGCGGAUACGGUGGCGGAUACGGAGGCGGCUAUGGACAACGCCAAGGCGGCAACGGUGGUUACGGCGGCGGUGCCGGUCAAUGGGGCCCUGGCCAAGGCGGGUACGGAGGCCAGCAGCCUUACGGCGGCCAAGGCUACGGUGACCAGUCUCAGGGCCAAGGCCAAGGCCAACAGCAAUGGUAGUUCGGCCUACGAACGACAGAAACCUCUUUCUUGACCUUUACGAAUAAACCCGCGGAUACACGGGCCAGGUAGGACAUUCGUUGCGGGAAUUGACAAUACUCUUGGGACACGGAUCGGGGGAACAACCAGACUGAGGGCUUGCAUGAUUAGCUUUUCAAUAGGCUUGGAAAGCAACAUUGAGGAUCGUCCGACUACAAAGGAGCUGCACUUCGAUGAUACCCACAAGCAUUCAAGCAUACCUCUCAGGGGCUUUCUGUUGUUGUGACGUGACAAGGAAGGAGAGAGAUGUACGGUGGAUGGCCCGGAAAUACGAGCUUUGACAUGAUCGUGAAUGCAGCUUUUGAAAAUUCAUUCCAUGCCUCGGCA